CUGCAUUGCAGGGGGUCGGACUGGAUGGCCCUUGGGGUCUCUUCCAACUCUAUGACUCCAUGACCUGGGAGCCCGCCUCCCACAAGCCAGCCCUGCAGGACUCACGGGGGGAUGGGGGCCCUCCCUUUGGGCCGGUGGGCCGGAAUCUCUAGUGAAGUUCCCCCAGCCGCCCCCUUCACUGGUUCCCCGACUUGGCUCCAGUGGGGCUUCCCCGGGAAGCCAAGGAGCUCGGCCACACGUGGGGCCUUUGGCAGCCCCUCCCGGCAGUGCCGGGGGCUGCAGUCUUCUGGGCAUUCUCUUUGGGGAGUCCUUCUCAGCCCCACCCCGAGCUCCCCUGCCAGGGACCCCCAGGGCUCCACUGGAGGAUGCUGUCGGAGAGGAGCAAAGCUGGCCUUUGGUUCGCCGGAGUGGGCAUGCACAGAGGCAGGCGUGCAGGUCAGUUUCUGCAGCACACACACACACCCUUCGCCAAUGAUGUGGUCUUUGCUCUUGAGCACUUUGCUGAUGUUCCUCUCUGGGUCUCUGCAGACCUGGGAGCUGAAGGUCACCAGGAAGCAGGAAAACCAGACUGUGGUGGAGCUGAGAGGGCGUCAAGGACAGGCUCUCCUGGUGGCUCCUGACGGCUCCGUCCGGUGUGCUCAGCCCGCGUCAGAAAAGCAGGAGCCUUUCCUCUUGGAGGUGCACCCGAGCGGGGCGUGGACACUCCAGCAGGAGCACAGCGGGAAGUACCUGGAAUCUGAUGGAGAAGAUGUUUUCUGCAUCAGUCGGCGCCUGACCUCCUCCCACAUGUGGAUGCCCCGGCUGGCCAUGCAUGUCCACGUGGUCUUGUUCAACCCAAGUUUGCAACUCUACGCCCGAGCCGAUGCAGAGCUGAAGCGGAUCUGGGUGGACACACCGGUGCCUUACCUGGAGGAGUGCAGCUUCAUCCUGAGGUUCAGGGACGGCGUCUAUCACCUGGAGACCGCCAACCACAAGUUCCUCUCCAGGUCAGAGAAGCUCGUCAAGACGCCGUCUGCAGAGACGGCCUUUCACUUGACCCUGAAGCCAGGAUGCUUGGCCUUCUUUUCCGACAGGCAGGGGCGUGUCCUCUAUCCGCAUGGGAAGCGUGGCCUCCUGUGCCUCGGACACAGCCCCGUGGACAGUGGAGAGUGGUUUGUUGUCCAGAGAUGCCCACAAUGGGUCAGUCUGAGGACUAGAACCAAGAGAUACGUGACCGUCAUACAUGAGAGAAUGCAAGAAUGUGGUGGCCAAUGGCUACUGCGGAGAGCCAGAGACCAACUUCCACGUUCUGUGGCAUUGUGGGAAAAUCUGCCUGAGAGCUUCCAAUGGCUGCUACCUGGGCAGCCUCCCAGUUGGGCUGGUGGCAGCCAGAGCCCUGCAUCCAGGGCCCAACGAGGAGUUCAGUCUGCGCCUGGCCAACCGCUCCUUCGUGUUGCUGCGUGGCCCCUACGGUUACGUGGGUUGUGCUCCUGGCCACAGCGUCUUGCAGUGCAACUUCCUGGAACCAGACUGCAUUGAGCUGCUACCCUGCAAGCACGGCGUCUACCACCUCCAGAGUGAGGAGCCCCCCUCCCCCCCACACCUUUGCAGCUGAUCUCAGUGCAAAAUCCCGGAGCCCUUCCCAGGCUGGGGUGGCUGAUUCUCUGCAGUGGCUUCAUUUCCCCAGAAGCAGCCUGGCAGCCAGGGGGCCUCUGCUCCAGGGCCCUCAAAAGAAGCCCCAAGAGGGGUUUGCUUGUUUGUCGUUGUUUUUGGAGAUGUCCAGCCCCUCUCCUCCUUCCUGCUCCAACUGAAGGGGUGCCCUUGAAAGAACUCCCUGCCCACCAGCAACUCUGGGCUGCAUCAAUAGAUGUAUAGUGUCUAGAUGGAGUGAAGUAAUAGGGCCAUUCUGUCUUGUAUUGGUCACACCUCACUUGGAAUAUUGUGUCCAGUUCCGGGCACCACAAUUCAAGAAGGAUAUUCACAAGCUGGAACGGGUCCAGAGCAGUGCGACCAAAAUGGUAAAAGGUCUGGAAUCCAUAACCUACAAGGGGAGACUCAAGGAGCUGGGUGUGCUUAGUCUGGGAAAGAGAAGGUUAAGGGGUCACAUGGUGGCCAUGUUUAAAUAUUUGAAGGGCUGUCAUGUUGAAGAAGGAGCAAGCUUGUUUUCUGCUGCUCCAGAGACCAGGACCCGGAGUACAGGAAAAGGGAUUUCACCUAAACAUUAGGAAGAACUGCCUGGCAGUCAGGGCUGUUUCAGUCAGGGAAUACGUUGCCUUGGAGAGUGAUGGAAUCUCCUUUGAAGGUUUUUGAACAGAGGCUGGGUGGCCACCUGUCCAGGGUGCUUCGAUUGUGUGUUCUUGCAUGGAGGAGGGGUCUGGACUGAAUGGCCCUUGUGGUCUCUCCCAACUCCAUGAUUCUAAAAGUUGGCCAAAGACCACCACAGGCAGGUAAAGGUGAGGCUAGCAGUGACUUCUCUUUUUCUUCUCAUACCUCGUUUCUCACUGCAGCCCGUGGCAAAAGCUUCUGGUCUUUGACUUCAGAGAAGACCUUUGAGACUGGGGGGAAGUCUGCCUUGAAUUUCUGCUUGGAGAUCCGGGGGAACAACCUUUUGGCUAUCUUGGCCCCCAACGGGUACUACCUGCGA